AAAUACAAUUGGUUCUUCUAAACGAUACCUGAAUGAAGCAAAUCACGUAAUUUUUGAUGAAAAAUUAUUAAAAAAUAUCAAUGUUUACCUUAACGAAGUUAGAACUACGGUCCAUGGAUCUGUAGGUCCGCAAAAUCAUAUAAGAAAAAUCAUCUCGUGA